UGUGAAGAAUACAAAAAAAAACUAAUUGCUUAUUGGAUAUAUUAGCAAACCGAACCCUGUCUGGAAAGAAGGUUAAGCUAAAUGUUUGAGAAAUUUCAAAAGUCCCUGAAGUGGUUUUACCAUGAAUUCGGACUCGCUGCUAUCCAUGAGACUGGCCUUGAUGCCUACCUCAUUAUUCUGGCGCGAACUUGUCGCAUGUUCGCCUACGGAACCAACGCGCUUAUCUUAGGUAUGAGCUUGGGGUAGACGAUGGCUUCAUCUGUACCGUUUCUGUGAUUUUAACAAACUUUGUAGGCAUAUUUUUCUCCUCCCUGGGGAUAUCCGAUCAUCAGAUUGGCCUGUUCAUGACAUUUACGUUACUGGGCGAUGUAAUAUUGGGAACUCUUCUUACGCUCGUUGCAGAUCGCCUUGGAAGACGAAGAAUCAUGAUUGGGGGUUCUUUGAUGAUGAUACUAAGCGGCGUAAUAUUUGCGCUUUUUGAAAACUUCUGGAUUUUGCUACUCGCUGCAGUGAUCGGUGUUAUUAGUGUCACCGGCGGCGAUUUUGGUCCCUUCAGAAGUAUAGAGGAGUCAAUGAUUUCGCAACUCACCACUCCGGCAACAAGAGCGGACGUACUAUCGUGGCAUGUCACCAUAGCCCUGUUUGGAUCUUCUUUAGGAAGCGAGUUAUCAGGACGAAUUCUUCACUUCCUACAGAAUAAAGAUGGAUGGUCAGAUGUCGAUGCAUACCAUACCUUGUUCUGGGUAUACGCGAUAAUGGGUGUAGUGAAUCUUGGACUGGUUUUGCUGUUGUCCGAUGCGUGUGAGCUCUCACAGGCGAAGAAAACUUAUACACAAGUCCCACAGGAAGAUACCGUACGGAAUACCAACGAUGGCACUGAGAGCCCUGCAGAACCACCUCCUGAGGAUUCGGCCACAGAUCGAAACCCUCAGAAUUGGAUCAUUCGGAGUCUCAAGUGGUUUUCAAACCAACUAGCUCAAAUAUCGCCAACAACUCGAUCGGUGAUGUAUAAACUAUGGUUCUUACUGGCUGUCGAUUCGCUGGCUGAUGGUAUGGUGCCAUAUUCUUUGACGAAUUACUACAUGAAUGAAAAGUUCCACCCUCGAAAGUCGACUCUCGGCGAUGUUACCUCGUUCAGUUACUUUCUUGGAGCGAUUUCAGCGUCAUUCGCCGGCCCCCUGGCCCGAAAGAUUGGAUUAAUCAACACGAUGGUGUUCACGCAUACUCCAUCCUCGACUGCCGUUUUGCUCUUCCCGUUUCCUCCUUACCUUUGGAUGACGGCGGGAUUGCUGCUCGUUCGUGCAGGAUUGAAUAAUAUGGACCAGGCGCCACGGGCAGCAUUCAUCGCCGCAGUAGUCAAGCCGGAGGAGCGAACAGCAGUAAUGGGCAUCACAGCUACGGUUAGGACAUUAGCCGCUACGACCGGGCCUACGGUCACGGGCCUUCUGGCCGCGAGUGAGCGUUUUUGGAUUGCAUUUGUCGCAGCCGGAUGUUUCCGACUGUCAUACGACUUUGGUCUUUACGCCAUGUUCGUGAAUAUGAAAAUCAACCAACAUGAGAACAAACCGGUCGACUUGCCCAGUGGACACGAUGCAAGGCGUAUUCCCGACGAAGAGAUGGAGCUAGAGAGCCUAGCUGAUACGGUUGAUACUGACAGCGGUAGCGAGGAUUCAGGCUCCCUGCAGUUAAAGCCCGACCCUGUCCGCCUCGAAGUUCCUGAUGGAAAUCAAAGAAUUCGAAGCAGAAGUCCACGUCGGGAAAGAUAUAUAGACAGUUAGGAUCCAUACUUACUACGGGCAUUCAAUUGCUUUUUGUUUUUGAAGAUGGGUGGAUUUCGAAGAUUAUGUUCGUUUGGGGAUUAAAGCAUAACGGCAUAUAACUCCGCUACACUAGGGCUUUGGCGCAUCGGACAUGAUUUUAGCCGGUCAUAGUUUAACUCCUAGACAAAUAUAUAUGCUCUAUUUGAGUAUGAUAUUCGGACAUGGCGAUAUCCGAAUUCCUU